AACAUGCAGAGAAGGCAAUGAUAUUAAAUAUUGAUGAUUAUUAUAGUAUCCAUACAAAACGGAUGCCAAACAUGACCACAACUUCUACUGCAGUACACUUGGCAACAAUUUUAAUGAACCCGAUUACUAUACAAUGUGCAAUUUCAAAUAUGAAUAUACAUAACCCUAGGUUGGUCGAUGCAGAGUUGAUAAAACUGAAUCUAAAUAAUAGAUUCAUGACGCCUCUCGGUCUUUCGCAUAAUCAACGCUGGGAAUUUCAUUCAGUUGAUGAUAGUACUAAAUUAGAAGAGCUAACUGUAUAUAAUUAUGAUACUAGAUUGAAAGAGAAACGGAAUAAUCAUUUGAUGAAAGACGUAGUCCUCAUAGAUUUACAAGAAAAUAAUCUCCAUUCUUUAAAUGCAUAUAUCAAGGCCAUUAAUGCCAUUGUAAAUGUUCCAUCUAUGCAAUAA